GGGCCGGGGCUGAAGCAGGGGCGGUUCUCGCCGGACGCAAGGAAAAACUUAAUCCGUGAGGGCUGUGGGGCAGGGCAGGCGCUGCCCGCAGCCCGGGGCCGAGGGGCCGGGCGGGAUGGAGACCGCCCCCCCAGCCGGGGCCAUCCGUACCGUCGGAACGGAAGCAGGGCGGUGUUUGCAGCGGGGGUGUUACGAAAAUCGCGACGGGGCCCCUGGCGCAGGGCCGGAGCUCGUAGCUGCUGGUGGCAGAAGGCUUGUUCCUCACGCCGCGCAAGCGAGGGACUUCUUGCGGGAUGCCUUCCCAAAAAGCAAGUCCAGUUUAAGCUGCAAUGCUUUGCUGCAUGGCCUGUGAGAAACAGCUGAAUGAAUUACAGGCGAACGCUGUUUGUUUUUCCAGAUGCUCAAAGGACUGUUAAUUAUACAUGAUUGGUGACAACGUAGAAACUAAACAAUGCCAACUAAAAGAUCCCAUGGACUUGUUUCGUUCUGGGCAAGUUGUAAAAAUAUGUGCCCCUAUGGUUCGCUAUUCAAAGUUGGCUUUCAGAACCUUGGUUAGGAAAUACAGUUGCGAUUUGUGUUACACACCAAUGAUAGUGGCAGCUGAUUUUGUGAGAUCUGCAAAAGCUAGAGACAGCGAAUUCACAACAAAUAAAGGUGAUCAUCCAUUGAUUGUUCAGUUUGCUGCUAAAGAAGCACAGGUUUUGUGUGAUGCUGCCCGUAUCGUCUGUCCUUUUGCAGAUGGAAUAGACCUAAACUGUGGCUGUCCUCAGAGAUGGGCAAUGGCAGAAGGUUAUGGUGCUUGCUUAAUAAAUAAACCAGAGCUCAUUCGAGAUAUGGUGAGACAUGUACGGAAUCAGAUCGACAACCCUAGAUUUUCAGUGUCUAUUAAAAUAAGGAUCCAUGAGGACUUAAAAAGAACAGUUGACCUGUGUCAAAAAGCUGAAGCAACUGGAGUUUCAUGGAUUACAGUACAUGGGAGAAGCGUAGAAGAAAGACAUCAGCCUGUACAUUAUGAUGCAAUUAGAAUAAUUAAACAAAGCAUGUCUAUACCUAUUGUGGCUAAUGGAGACAUUAAAACUUUAAAAGAUGCUGAAAACGUUCAUCACUUGACAGGAGCAGAUGGUGUAAUGGUGGCUAGAGGACUCUUAGCAAAUCCAGCUAUGUUUGCAGGAUACGAAGAGACGCCUUUGAAGUGCAUCCAGGACUGGGUUGACAUUGCUCUUGAGCAUGGAACUCCUUUUACAUGUUUUCACCACCACUUAAUGUACAUGAUGGAACGGAUAACUUCAAAACAAGAAAAAAAAGUUUUUAAUGUUUUAUCAAGUACCUCAGCAGUACUAGAUUAUCUGAAUGACCGUUAUGGUGUGUGAUAACUGGAAGUAUUUUAGUUCUGUGUAAAUUUGUAUUUUGCAGUUGUCGAUACAGUGUUAAAUUUUUAAUUGGGUUCCUACUUUUUAGACACAUUCAAACAUUGCAUAAGUAUUUUGAACACAACAUAACAUUAUGAUCAGGGUGAUAUUUUAUAUUUUUAGUAUUUUUAUGUCAGCAUUUUUCACUCCACAAAAUAUUCCAGAUUCCACAAAUAUGGAGUUCUAUUUACAAUGCACUACUACACAGAGGACUGAUUAUUGUAAGAUUCCAGUAAUUUAAUUUAUUUUUUCACCAGACAAUUACUUACAGCAAUGUGUUUGCAAAACUAGGGCCCUUUCUUACAUGAAACCUCCUCAAAUCAGAAGGACUACUCAUAAAUAAUACCAAGAAUUUUAGACCAAAAGAAUACAAAGGGAGCAAUUAUAGAAGUUUUUGCUUUAACUGACAUAAGCUGCACUUUUAAAUUUGAGUAGAUUUUUCAAGCUUAAAGAUUGCAAGGCCUUGAAGCCCAGCAUAGUAUCCUCUUUUAAAUUAGAUGUUCCUUUUGCAAACUAAAACUUUCUAAACUUACUUACAAUUCAGAAAAAUUCCACACUUCAUAUAGUGAAAGAAACUUGGAAUAGAUAAACAAUGAUGGAAAGAAGGAAAGAGUAAAAUGAAGAGAGAAUUUAAACGAAGUACAAACUUAGCUGAAUCUAAACUGUGAGACUUGAAAGUUCAAUCUUAACUAAAUUCAGUUUUGUUUAUCUAUUGUAUAAUAAUUAUAUAAAAGAUUAAAUCCCUGUCAUCUACCAAAACAGAACUUUAUAGGUCAAAGAAAAGCUGACAGAUUCGCUCAGUGGGGCUCUUGCAGUCCUUUCUGCCUGCUGGCAUGUUGCUUAUCAAAGCAUGACAGCCACUUGGCAUUGAGUCUUUGUAUAGGAGGGAAAUAGUGAAAAUUAGAACAAGAUAAUAACAUUACACACCAGCUGCAUUUGUUCUGCAAGGGAAGUUUCACAAAUCUCUGUAGUACAAUUAUUUGUAAUCAAAUAAUUUGUUUUCUUUAGAUGUUUACAC